GACCAAUAUGGCAGGAACGCAUUAUUUACUAAGUCCGUGUUUGUAAACCUUCAUAAGUUUGUGUACGGUACUGUUCCAAUAAAAUCGUUUAAAAGUUUACCACUUCUGUGAGGAGACGACAUACUCAGAGCAGUCGACACGUAGUUAUGUGGGGUGAAAUCGACCCGCCAGUGAAAACACUGAUACCGUUUGAGAUUGAAACCAGUGAAAUAUCAGUGGACCCUCCGGUGCUUCCUCGGAGAUGCGACCUGAGCCGACCCGCUCCCACAGACACCCGGGAGGCUCCGCGAGGAGGAGGAGACACUCCGUCGGAGGAGGCCGGCUGUGUGAGGGUGAUGAUAGAGGCCGUAGCGAUGAGCGGCAGGCCGGUGAAGAGCCAGCAGGUCGGAGAGGAUGAGCUGACCUUCGGGGAGCGCAGGGACGAGCUGCUGCUGCAGUACCGGAGCAGACCACUGGUCUUCCUGGAGAGGUACCAUGCUCACCUGAAACCCGAGCACCUCCCUGCAUUUGCCCAUGUCAGCUCAGACCCGAGGGCCCAACACUACAGCCAUGUGAUUCAGACACGAGCGUCCGGCUGCAUCAGCAGGACCAGAGUCAGAAACCAACGCUACGCUGCCCUCAGGGCUCUGCAGAAGGGUGGUCAGUAUUUCAGUGAGGAGCAGAUGCGAAUGAGGGAGCCUCUGCUGUAUGAACAAUACAUCGGUCAGUACCUGACUGACGAGGAGGUGCUGGAGCGCUCGCACGAGGCCAUGUCAGGUGGUGCAGAGGAGGGAUCAGGGGGCAGCACAGCGGGGCUUGCCCACCUCCUCUUGAAUUCCUACCAGGAGCGGCUCAUCCAGAACCGCCUGCAGGAGGAGCAGGAGAGAGAGGAUGCUGCUCAGGAGGAGGAGGAGGAGGACGAGGAAGAUGACGCCGUCAGAGCUCAGCAGAAAGAACGGGAGCUGACGUCGGAGGAGAAGGCUCUGCUCCGAGAGGAGUUCAUCAGUCAGAUGCACCAACGCUUCUUAGACGGAAAAGACAAAGACUUCAACUACAGUGAGGUGGACAACAACCCAGACUAUGACAACUUGGACAUCGUCAGCAGAGACGCAGAGGAUAAAUACUUUGAUGAAGAUGAGGAAGAGGAAGAGGAUGACCUGGAAAACAAUGAAGAAGAGGAGAUGAUAGGAUAGUGUUGAUAUUAGUAACAUGUCUGUUAAUAUUGUGUAAAUACAAAUAUACAAAAUCAAAUUGUGUUGUCAGUUGUUUUUACAUGUGACUGCAAACCUGUAAAAAGUUGUCUACAAGCUGUACUUUAUUAAACUCGUUAAAACAAAAGCUAAAAAAAAAUAUACGAAUUUAUUAAACCAAAUUAAAAGAAAAUCAGAAAGUGGAGGUAAAAAAGGAACUAACAGAAAUG